AUGGCCUUUUCUUCCCAGCAAAAAUGCUCGCUAUACGCCGAGACAUAUACAAAGUUGGAAGAAUGGGACAGCAACGUGAGGUAUUCUCUUGAACAGCCAGGAAUGCGCACCGGAACAAGUUCCACGCUAUCAACUUCCGACCAGACAACUCCCACAGAAGCAACUACCAAUCAAGCAACUCCGAUACAAGCAGUUCCUAGAGUACGACCUAGACUACUUCGAUAUCCACGAAGAUUGUCUAUUUAUAGACAGCCAAGUUCUUACAAUGGCGUAAUUUUUAGCAGGGAACCGUUACAGGCUAUUAACAGCAUAUCUCAAGAGAAUGUACAACAGACUGCUGAGGAGUCAUUGGAACAGAAUAACCCACACAAUACUGAGUUCUCACUUGGCUCUGAAUUACUACAAGUCCCUGAAGAUAUCUUUGAUACCGUUGCAGAGAACGAGGGUGCUCCCGACACAGAUUAA